CAGCUUCAGAUCCAGAUCCAGAGUCAACCACCAGAGGAACCACUCGCCAGACAGCUUCAGAUCUAGAACCAGAGUCAACCACCAGAGGAACCACUCGCCAGACAGCUUCAGAUCCAGAACCAGAGUCAACCACCAGAGGAACCACUCGCCAGACAGCUUCAGAUCCAGAACCAGAGUCAACCACCAGAGGAACCACUCGCCAGACAGCUUCAGAUCCAGAACCAGAGUCAACCACCAGAGGAACCACUCGCCAGACAGCUUCAGAUCCAGAACCAGAGUCAACCACCAGAGGAACCACUCGCCAGACAGCUUCAGAUCCAGAACCAGAGUCAACCACUCACCAGACAGCUUCAGAUCCAGAUCGAGUCAACCACCAGAGGAACCACUCACCAGAUUCAGAACCAGGGAAGCAACUGAAUAAUCAGCAGUGAGUGGGGGUAAAGACCAGGUUUACAUAUCCCUGACACCGCUGAGGUCACACCCAAUCUCCACCCUCAGACCAGGGAGGCACAGGUGAGGGCUGAGAGGAGAGAACCUCCCACCACAUGUCUAAGUCAGGAGACAGGACAACAGAAGUUCCCUGGCAACACUAGGGGUCACGGUGUCCCAAUUCCCAGCAGCACCAAGAUCCGGAAUGGAUCCCACAGAGUGACACGUGCACGUAAAGUGCGAACCUUUACUAGCUCCGCCCUCCAGGGGCGACACUCCGCUCUUCGGGGCCAGCUUUUCUGGAGACAGAUGUAAAUAGGGAAAUCCAUGAUCACUGCAAGCGCCAACCUCCCCCCGAGACCUCGCCCCCAGUCACAUCCUGACUACUAUAAUUUAUAUCCCUCAACAGUAGGAGGCGGGUUGUCAGGAGUGGUCUGCCUACAACUGUAAGAUAACAAAACCUUCUGCAACUUUCAAUAUUACUGCUUGCUAUCAGUGAGUAAAACCAUUUUUUAUAUUCAGAACCUGCUCACACAACUGAGGGUUUGUUACAGUGUGUCAGUGAAGACAAUCCUCUGUGAGCUGGACAUCGGUCCCCACUGUCCUGGACUUUGGGCUCUUGUCUACAUUGAGCGGGACUGUGUGUUCCCAUUCACUGACUGCAAACUGUGGGAAUGGUGAGGAAUUUACACACAGUCUGUCAUGGGAUUGUGUUUGCUGUUGCAGUGGCCCCUGUGGCCACCUAUCAGGGGCCCAAUAUAUCCCUGGACUCAGGAUCUCUACAUUGCAUGUACCAGUACAGAUAGAUUUCCUGGAAUGCGCCCCUCGCCCGCUGUCACGCCCCCCGUCCGUACUUUCACCCGUAGCAUGCCUGCAGCUCAUUGACUCAUAUGGGAACCAUUUGUAUUGUGCAAGUCAGCUGUGCAAGCACAUUACAGGAGAGAGACGAGCGCCCGGGGCCCCACAAGCCCCAGCAACAACCUCCCCACCGGGCCCCGUCAUGUGUCAACACAAGGGCCAGGAGCAUCUGUAGAUAAUCUGUGGCCUACAUGUGUCUAGCAUCCCAGAGCGUUACACCCCAAACCUGAUGUCGGGGGCCCAUCAUGCUGCAGCCCACCAGCGAUCAGGACAGCGGUUAUGGUGAAUUUCUUGAGUCGCCCCCAUCGCUGUGGAGCCUGGUGGAGGAGCAGGUGCCCCGGAGCGAGAGGGCCGAGAUCAAGAGGAUUCUGGGAGACGCCGCUGUGGACCUCAGCCUGGACCUACAUGCAGAGGUCGAGGUUCUCCUGGAGCUGUGGAGAGACGCCCGGUCCUCCUGUCCAUCCGCCGUCCAGAGCUCCCCCUCCAGCGGCUCCAUCCUGGCCGACCCCCCGCUGAUAAAGGACAUGGUGACCCAGGAGAUCCGAAUGCUGCUCCUCAGUGUGAGGACGAAGGCUCGGCACCACGGACUAGACGAGGACCAGGCUGUGUCUAAAUACAACCCCAGGGUGGUGAGCUUUGUGAUAGGGACAGCGGGGAGGCCGGAGAGCAGAGCAAGGAGCAGCGAAAGCAGAUGGAGUCGCCCACCAUCGGGGUGCAGAGCCGUCAGUGAGCGGUCCUUCUCCUCGCUCUCCACCAGCUCCAGCAUAGAAGACGACCUGGAGGAAUUGAAGGACAAGCUACAAAUAUCUCACAUUGAUGAAGUGAUACUUCACCUUCGGUCACUUCUGGAAGACGAGUGCCGGACCCUAGAAGCAGACGUGAUCACCCUGCAGCGUCGUCUGGAGGUGGAGUGGCAGUACGCGGAGGCGCUGCAGGCGGAGCCAUCGCUCACAGAGCUGAAGGAGGAGAGAAGAAUCCUGGAGAGGGACCUGCAGCUCGACCAGUUACCUGCCCCCAAGAUGGCGUCUAGUGGAAAACCAAACAUUGUGAGCUGCAGGUUGUUGGAUAUGGGAAGAAGACGGCAAAACGCUGGCUGUAUAUUGUCCCUGAAAAUGUCAAGUACCCCGGAUCUACAGUCUGACCGCCCCCUGACUCCAUGCCCUCCAGAUCCAAGGCUGAAGACUCCUCAGGGGAGGACAGUGAGAAGAGACCUCGCAGGGCCUGGGGCCCUAUCAUGUGCUGCUGCAUAUCCAGUGACGGCUCCUGAGGAGCCAGGACUGAGCUCCCCUCAUCGAUUCAUACAGGAGCGGACAGCCAGGGUCUACUCUCCUCUGGGGAGGGGCACAGUGCGACCGCCAAGCCUCCCAGCCAAUGGAACAGCACCUUUCACUUACGAGGCACCAGCCCCCCCUGGGAAUACUCUGCUUGUCCCGUUACCUCCCAAAGUACGGAGACCACCCGGCAGCUCCGGCCCAGCUCCAGCUUUCCGCAGAGUAAGGGCUCACGUGAUGAAUCUGCCCCCGUGAGAGGAGACCGUGGACGGGAAAGUGACAGCCAUCAUGGCCGCCAGUACCGCUCUGGAAGGUGGUGCGCUGGUGUACGGCAGCGAGGUCUCCUGGUGUGUACGCCACUGUCCACCGCAGGCUGCUGCUAAUAAGCUACCAUGACGUAUACCGACCCGACAACCUGCAGGACCAGUAGAUACGCCCGGUACAGCCCUCAGAAGGGGGAUUCUUUACAAUUAAUAUUUAUGGGUUUUUCUAAAGAACUUUUGUCGGUUUUUUCUUUUUCAUGGCGGCCAUUGAGAAUGACAGAACCUCGUCCUCCUGGAGGAGUCGGCACUGAUGGUGGGACUCCGAUGUAGGUCGCUGCAGGGUAAUCCUCAUGGUAAUGGUAGAUGUAGAAUUAGGAUGACAGGGUGACCGUUCUGUUCGAUCUCUGGAGGCCGUGAGCGUGUGGUCCUCUGAUGGAGGCGGCUCUGGCCGCAGGGAUGGCCUGACGGAGAGAGUUAAGAGACCAUUUACUGUGCUAAAAAGCCAGACAGGAGGGAGAAUACGGGGGUGCGCCGCAGCCCCCCCAUAUCUCCAGGGCCGGAAGUAGCCUCAGCGCCCUGUAUCUCCAGGGCCGCGACGCAGCCC